CAGCCUAGAUGUGUGGAGGGGGGGCACUCUGUUUGCACGUGCCCACAGAGAGGGCUCUGAGUGCCACCUCUGGCACCCAUGCCAUAGGUUCGCCAUCACUGGCCUGUCUGGAUACUUGCCACGUUGCUUUGGAGUAGCCCUAGCCCAUGGGUCGGGAACCUUUUCCCCUCAAAGAGCCAUUUGGCUCACACACACACCCCACCCACUCGCUCGCCCCCGUCCGCUCCCCCGUCGACUUGCUCGCUCACUCGCCCUCCCUCCCCCGCGCGCUCACCCCCCGCGGGCUAGAGAAGUGCCGCCCUGCUUCUUGCAGGGCAGGCAAAGAGGAGCCGGCGGCUCGGCCAUCCCGGCCGCCGGAAGAGCGCCCGCGGCGCAGGCUAGAGAAGUGCCCGCCCUGCUUCUUGCAGGGCGGGCAGGCAAAGAGGGGGCCGGCGGCUCGGCCAUCCCGGCCGCCGGAAGAGCGCCCGCGGCGCAGGCUAGAGAAGUGCCCGCCCUGCUUCUUGCAGGGCGGGCAGGCAAAGAGGACCCCGGCGGCUCGGCCAUCCCGGCCGCCGGAAGAGCGCCCGCGGCGCAGGCUAGAGAAGUGCCCGCCCUGCUUCUUGCAGGGCGGGCAGGCAAAGAGGGGGCCGGCGGCUCGGCCAUCCUGGCCGCCGGAAGAGCGCCCGCGGCGCAGGCUAGAGAAGUGCCCGCCCUGCUUCUUGCAGGGCGGGCAGGCAAAGAGGGGGCCGGCGGCUCGGCCAUCCCGGCCGCCGGAAGAGCGCCCGCGGCGCAGGCUAGAGAAGUGCCCGCCCUGCUUCUUGCAGGGCGGGCAGGCAAAGAGGACCCCGGCGGCUCGGCCAUCCCGGCCGCCGGAAGAGCGCCCGCGGCGCAGGCUAGAGAAGUGCCCGCCCUGCUUCUUGCAGGGCGGGCAGGCGAAGAGGGGGCCGGCGGCUCCGCUCAUGGAGCCGCAGAACAGCAGCGGAAGAGCCGCAUGCGGCUCGCGAGCCGCGGGUUCCCGACCCCUGCCCUAGCCUAUGGUCAUGAUUACUCAGAAAAGUUCACUAACUUCAGCAAGGCCUACUGUCCAAUUAUGCAUAGGAUUGCAGACUUACAGCCAUCCCCCCCCCCCCCCAUCCCGACCUUUAACUGCUGCCCCAGUGAUUUGACAGGUGAAGUUUUUCCUGGAACAGCAUGGCCUUGAUGGGCAAAACAUCACCUCUUCCAUUUCUACCUGUUGGAGAGCUGCUGAAGGCUCAGGAAACAUGAUGGAUAGCUAUGU